AUGGCCCUAAAGAAGGUUGACUGGGCCAGAGGCGAUGCCUUUGACUUCCAGUUUGGUGCUGUUAUUCUGCGACUCAAAGAGGGACUGGACGUGUCCCAUAUCCAAGGACAAGUCAAGAAUGUGGGAUUAGAUAUAUAUUCUGUGUGUGUGUCUGUCUCCCUGCAGGGCUACAGAAGGCCAAACUUCAAAGAUCUGGCCACAGACCAGGCCCGGUACCAGCGCUGGCUGCUUAAGAAUGAGAGCAAGGCCUUCUACACACCGGUGUUCGCCGAGGACAUGAGGCAGGGCACGCAGUACCUGCUCCAGGCUGCUGGCCUGGGUCGCCUAAAGCCAAACACACUGGUGCUGGGCUUCAAGAACGACUGGAGGGACGGUGACAUGAUGAACGUGGAGACUUACAUCAGUAUGAUCCAGUAAGUUGACUUCAAAGAGACAUUGAACCCUGAGUGGAAAAGUUAGUUAUUGUAAUACAGCGGCUGUACUCGAAGUUCUCUACUAAAGA